UCCUAGCUGGCUUGUUUCCAUCCGGUCACUUUCGGCAGACGGACUGAAGCAACAUGACAACUGCAGCUAAUGAAAACAUGACUGUGGAUGUGGGAGAAGGAGCAGAGAUUGACAAUGAGGCCAAACUGCAGAUAUUAAAAGGGGCGGCCUUCCUGACCACGGUGGCGUCUGCAGGGAUGCUGGCAGGGUUCGGCUCCACGCUGGCGCUCGCCAAGAAGAAGAGCCCGGGCUGGUUUAGUAAGGGUGUAACGGCGACGGCGGCGGCCCCGGAGAGCGGCGCGUCUCUGGCCCUCAGAGCGCUGGGUUGGGGCUCUCUGUACGCCUGGUGUGGAGUCGGCCUGCUCAGCGUCACAGUGUGGAAAGUCCUCGGCGUUCACAGCUUGUCAGAGUUCAGACAGAAGAUGCAGUCUUUCUUCCCGUCCAUCCCCAAAACCUCAGACGCUGCAGCUGGAUCCCAAGAUCUGGAUUGGGACUCUGUCUUCAAGUCUAACUGGCGUCCAACAUCUGGACUGGGACUGUCUUCAAUUCUAAAUGAUCUGCAGCUGGAGUCCAACAUCUGGCCUGGGACUGUCUUUAAGUUUAAAUGAUCUGCAGCCCAACAUCUGGACAGGGACUGGAUGCAGCUGUCCUUGAAAAAGAGCCACAAAGAUGAAUUGAUUAGUUGUCAACUGUUAAAAUAAUCUACUAUUCUGAUAAUCCAUUAAUCAGUUUGAGUCAUAUUUUUAUGAUAAACGUGAUGUCAGCUUGAUACAUGUGCAUGUCUUCUAGUCUCUUCUCUCCUCUGGGACAGUAAACUGAAUAUAUUUGAGUUGUGGACAAAACAAGACAUUUGAGGACGUCAUCUUGGGAAAACACUGACUCACAUUUUAGAGUCUAAACAACUCAUCCAUUCAUCCAGCAAGUAAUCGGUAGUUGCAGCACAAGAGCCUCCAAGUCAAAGUGCACGUGUUGUGUAUAUUUGUAAAGAUGUCUGUUUCUCUAGUACAUUGAGUUGGUUUGUUUAUUUAUUUUAUCCUGGAAGAAGUGAAAUCACCAAACCUACCAGACUCUAGUAUAUAUUCAGGACUUUAAGCGUGUACAGAGCAGUAUAUCUCCACCAGACUCCAUGUCAAUAAUCACUACUUUCCGC